UCUGGGAUCCUUUAAAGGCGACGCGCGCGCUGUCUGCCGCCGCGCGAGACGUCACACGCGAGGAACGUUUCCCAAAGAUGGUCCCCAAACUCCCGGGCCUGGAUGAGCUGGCGGCACACACGGCCACCGUCCGCCCGGUACCACACGGUUCUUCACAAGGCUCCGGUGGAAACUAACACGAUGCCGUUCCCCUCCAUGGAAGUGGGCAGCAGCUCGGCUCCCAGCGACACAUCUGGCUCGGUGGUGCAGGUGUGCUUCCCCGGGGUUCAGGCCUCGGUGCUGGACAGCCUGAACCGGCAGAGAGAGGACGGCCGGCUGUGUGACCUCUCCAUCCACGUCCAGGGACAAGUGUUCAAAGCCCACCGCUGCGUCCUGGCCGCCUCCUCGCCCUACUUCCAUGACCAGGUGCUGCUGAAGAACAUGUCCACCGUCUCCAUCCCGGCAGUGAUGGACCCGCUGGCGUUUGAGAGCGUGCUGAGCUGCGCCUACACCGGGCAGCUCUGCAUGCUGCGCGAGGACAUCGUCAACUACCUGACGGUGGGGAGCGUCCUGCAGAUGUGGCACAUCGUGGACAAAUGCACCGAGCUGCUGAAGGAGGGCCGGGCUGCAGCAGGGGGAGGGGGCGCAGGAGGAGGAGGAGGCGGAGUGCAGGAUGGAGCAAAUGUCAGAGGAGGCGGGGUCUCGGCCAGCGACGGGGUGGCAGGCGGCGGCGAUGGGGCUGGCGGUGGUCAAGCCCAGGUGGAGGGGUCCAACGAGCCCCAGCGGGCCCCCCAACCUCCCAGCAGGCCCUCAGUCAGCGAGAGCCAGUCCCCCAGCAGCACCAACUACUUCAGCCCCAGGGACGGGAGCGGCUUCGGGGGAGGCGGGGCGGCCGCAGCCGGGGCUUCGGUGGACGGGGGCGGGGCCAGCACCACCCCCCGCUACUGCACCCGGUCGGGAGGAGAGGAAGCCUUCCUCAUUGAGGAGGAGGAGGAGGAGGAUGUGGAGGAGGAUGUGGAGGAGGAGGUGUUGUUCCACCAAAGGAAGAGAGGAAGAGGAGUCGGAGGCAGCAGCAGCAGCAGGAGGAGGAAGAAAAUGAGCUCUGCACCAGAGCAGGAGGUGGGGGUCAGCGACAGCUUUGGAGUGUCCUCUUAUCAGGAUGGAGAGGACUCCGCCCUGCCUCUGCAGAAGCGCCCUGCCUACAGCCAGCCCAGCAUCAUGCCCCGGAAACAGUGGGUGGUGGUGAAAACGGAACGCGCGGAGGACGACGACGACCUCAUCGUGGUGUCGGGGGGGGAGGAGGGAGGGGAGGACGAGGAGGAGGAGGAGGAUGAUGAGCGGGAGAUGGAGCUGGCCAGGGAGAGGGAGAGAAGCGACUUCAACAUCUCCAACGUCCGCAGCCUCUCGGCUGAUCUGGGGGGCCGAGCAGAGAGCGACAUGGACUCACAGGUGGACUACUGCCAGUCCUCAGAGGACUACCUGAAGUUUGAAGGCAGCUUGAUGGAGCAGACGUUGGCUCACCUUCAUGACGGCGCGGCGGGUCAGAGCGCCAGCCGCGCCGCCUCAGCGCUGCUGGGCCAGGUCCAGUCGGCGGCCUCGGCCCGGGCCCAGCUCUUCCCCCUGGACAUGCAGGGGAACCAGAUCCUCCUCUACAGCCAGGCCCUGGACGCCGCCGCCGCCGCCGGGCCCCCCCCCGGCAUGGCCGGCGGCGUGAUGGGAGGAGCCCCCUUCAAAGGUCCCGGCCUGGAGCACGGUGCGGUCCACCUGUCGGCGCAGGGCGCCUUGGGGGCCGACGGCGUGGACGGUGGGGGGGCAGGGGGCGGCGGCGGCGCCGUGGGCGGCGCCGGGGGUCCAGGGAAAGUGUUCAUGUGCCACUGUGGCAAGACCUUCACCCACAAGAGCAUGAGGGACCGCCACAUCAACAUGCACCUGGACCUGAGGCCCUUCCACUGCCCCGUCUGCGCCAAGAAGUUCAAGAUGAAGCACCACCUGACGGAGCACAUGAAGACGCACACGGGCCUCAAGCCGUACGACUGCCUCGGCUGCGGCAAGAAGUUCAUGUGGCGCGACAGCUUCAUGCGCCACCGCUCGCACUGCGAGAGGCGCGGCGACGGCGAGGGGGGGAGACGAGGAGCCGGGGGGGAGGAAGGGCCCGAUUUGAUCGGCUCCUCUCACCUCCUCCUGUCUGGGGGCGAGGGGGGGCACGGCGGUAUCCUGAGAGGAGGAGGAGGAGGGGGACAGGAGGAUGAAGAAGAAGAAGAUGAAGAAGGAGGAGGAAUGUCUUCAUCUUCUCCACAUCGCUCCGGCGGAAGUAGCAGCAGAAACAUAAGCAUCAAUAUGGCCGCCGCGGGGUCGCAGCUGGGCGCCGUCUCCCAGAGCGCCGGCCAGGGAUCGGGGAUGUUCGGCCUUGGGCUGGGCCGAGGUGUGUGUGACGAGGACGUGUGUGAGGUCGGCGCCGAGGACGGCAGCGUGACUUAAACGGCGGGUGAGGUCCCUUCGAACCGCCCUGUGCACACAGGAAGUGUGUACAUUGUGUGUUAGAGAGGGAGGGGGUGCGACGCUUAACAAAGUUAAACACAAUUCUUUUGUUUGCCUCCGGAAAGUGACCUCAUCAAAGAAUGGACCUUUUGUCUCAAAGUAUAUUUUUUUUGGAGGGGGGGGGCUUAUGGAAGAAUGCCUUAAUGAGAGGGAGCCCAAAACGAAGUGACUCUCAUAAUCAUUGUCGUUUCCCCCCCCACCCCCCCGCCCCCCCCUCAAGGAGAGAAGCCUCCCGUUGCUUUUUACUUCAGCUUUCGUGUUGUCCAGAGUUCUCGUCUGUUGAAGUAUAUUAUUACUGUAAAUACAUAUGAAUAUACAUACAUGUGGUUUUCACUCCUUAGGUCUGGACCAAGCUGCAGCUUGUAACGCUGAUUUGAAGGUGUUCCUCAAAGAAGGUCCUGGGCUCUGGUGAAAGGGACGUUUGUCUCAUCUCCGCUUCACACCGCCUGUGUUCGUGAGCGUCUCAUUCUGUCCACAGCACAAACAUCCUGGACAGUUUUAAAUGUUGGGCAUUUAGUGCGAUUCUUCCUAAUAAACCCUGGUCCAUCCUUUCCUCCUCUUAUCGGAGAUCACGGGGCAGCAAGCCCAGCAGGUUGACCAUGACUUCCCUUUCACCAGCAACACGUCCAAGCCCAUUCUGGGGCAUCCCAAAGCGGUACCAGGGUCCCUCCAGCGUGUCCUGGGUCUCCUACCUGUUGGGUGUGAAUGGACACCCUGCAGGGGGGGGCAUGCAGGGGGCAUCCUAGUCAGAUGCCCCAACCGCCUCAGCCGACUGCAUUCGACUGGAAGGAGUAGCGCCUCCUGGUGUCUGAGUUUCUUACCUGAGGAAGUGUUGUAAUGGAGUGUGAGCCCUUACAAUAUUAUUUAAAAUAUUAAUACCAAAAAAACUAUAAAAUAAUUGUUGUGACUUAAUAUAUGUGCAUCGCAAUAAUAAGGUGAUAAUGUGCCCAGCACUAAUAAAUAUAUGGUUGUAACACCUCAAAGCUGGACCUCCCACAGCAAACCUACAAUGGACUAUUUAUUAUUGUUUAUGUUGAAGAUCACAGUUCUACUCUGUGGUUACAGAAGUACACCAGUAAAUACAAAUCCUACUGAUUGUACCCACUCAAAGGUAUCACACUACAGAUGUACCUUCUGCUUUUGAUUCUGUAUCAAAACAGAGUAUAUUAGAAUAUGUAUAAUAUACACUCACCGGCCACUUUAUUAGGUACACCUGUCCAACUGCUCGUUAACACUUAAUUUCUAAGCAGCCAAUCACAUGGCGGCAACUCAGUGCAUUUAGGCAUGUAGACAUUGUCAAGACAAUCUCCUGCAGUUCAAACCGAGCAUCAGUAUGGGGAAGAAAGGUGAUUUGAGUGACUUUGAACGUGGCAUGAUUGUUGGUGCCAGAAGGGCUGGUCUGAGUAUUUCAGAAACUGCUAAUCUACUGGGAUUUUCACGCACAACCAUCUCUAGGGUUUACAGAGAAUGGUCCGAAAAAGAAAAAACAUCCAGUGAGCGGCAGUUCUGUGGGCGGAAAUGCCUUGUUGAUGCCAGAGGUCAGAGGAGAAUGGCCAGACUGGUUUGAGCUGAUAGAAGGGCAACAGUUACUCAAAUAACCACCCGUUACAACCAAGGUGGGCAUAAGAGCAUCUCUGAACGCACAGUACGUCGAACUUUGAGGCAGAUGGG